UGAGAUGGAUCUAGACUGGCUGUGAUUAGAAGAAAAGUAAAUGGUUCUUGUUCAAUUGUUUUCUGAUUAAUACUGCAACAUGUACCACAGAAUGGCAGAUAGCGGGAAAACGGCAGAGAAGGACACAGAGGCAUCACAGGCCACUCAGGAACAACAGAGUGUAGUAUCCCGAGUGAGCAACCUGCCCCUGGUGAGUUCAGCAUGUGGUGCGGUGUAUAAUGCCUACAGCUCUACUAAAGACAGCGUGCCACUCCUGAAAGGAGUAAUGGAGGUUGCAGAGAGUGGGGUGCGCACGCUGGGCGCUGCUGCUUCAACAGGUUCCAGACCCAUACUAGACCGACUGGAGCCUCAGAUUGCAAUGGUAAAUGAAUAUGCCAUUAAAGGGCUGGAGAAGGUAGAAGAAAGUAAACUGUCUGCAAAAGUUCGGGAGAGGGCACUUGAGCAGUCUCUCAUUAGGGCACGCAAGGCCAGAGACACUACGCAUGCAGCUGUGACUCAAAUGACCAGCACUUUGGACCUGCUGGAAAGUGCCCGGGUAACCUUGGCCAGUGCCAACCAGCAGCUAGGGGGCGCUCCGGAGCAGUUACUGCAGAGAUGGAAAGAAUGGAAGGAAGGGCAGCCCAAAGAACUGCAGGAGAAAGUAACAGCUGAGACAGAAGUAGAUACAGCAAAAGACAAGGAAGAGGAACUGGAAUCGAGAGCUCUGUCGAUGGUACGAGGUUUGAGUGAUCAGCUGAAGGCAGCAUGUUCAGGGGCUGUGUCCAGUAUACAGGGUCUCCCAGGCACUGUGCAGGAACAGCUUCUGAAUGCUCGACAUACAGCUGGAGAGCUCCAGGCAUCUCUGAGCAGCACCAAGACACUCACACCCAUUCUCUUAGAACAGACACGGCAGCAGAUCGGCCAGGUACGACAGUCAUUGGAUGGAGUCGUGGAGUACCUUCUCAAUAACACUCCUCUCAAUUGGCUGGUUGGGCCUUUUGCACCUCAGAAAACAGAGAAAGGCGAUUGAAAAUGCCAUACAACUUAAGUAAAACUGAUGAAAUAGGUUGCUAUAUGGUUCAAAUUGUUGUAUGUUUUAACUAUUUCCA